CCCUCACCCCCUCCUCACUCCUGGCCAGGAAUCGACCUCAUGGAUAUGGCUUCAGAACUGCUGCAGCCCGAGGGAGACGACGUGGCCCGCAUCAGCUGGUACCUCCGUGACCUCAUCACCCAGUACCAGAAGACCUUCACCGUCAUUGAGAAGUGCCCCAAACCUGUGAUCGCUGCCAUCCAUGGCGGGUGCAUUGGUGGAGGUGUGGACCUCAUCACUGCCUGUGACAUCCGCUACUGUGCCCAGGAUGCUUUCUUCCAGGUCAAGGUGAGUCUCCCUGAGCUCCUCCCACAGUGCUGACUAGAGAGUGGCACACCUGUCAGAGCAGGGACCACGUGUGUGGAGGGAGCAAGCCCUGAGGGCUUCAUGGCAGAGGAGUCAGAGUGGCCCUUCCAAAGUGAGGCUCAGGAGACAGGCAGGGUAGCACACAGCUGUCAUCCUGGCACUUGGGAGGUGGAGGCAGAAAGACUGGAGUUCUAGGUUAAUCUGGGUCACAUGGCAGGACCUUGCCUCUCCAAACCAAGAGCUGAGGGUUUGGUUUAGUGGUAGAGCACUUGGC